AUGGCAUCGGCACCCGCCUACAACCUGCCAGCAUCGACGUUCUUCAUGGACAGCGGGCGGCCAGCACCCAAGACGGAAGAGGAGCUCGCGGCGGAGGGGUUCGUGCGGGGCAUGCUUACUUUCCAGCGAUCGGACGGGAGCUUCCACUUCCGGGACGACGAGGAGCUCAAGAGCAGCCUUGGGCUGUCCUUCUUCGGGGUGGUGUUGGCGCUGCGGCAGUACCUGGCGGGGGAUAAACUCCUUGAGCAGACGAGGCGGCUGCUAGCAGUGGCGGCGGCGGUGGUGCUGCUGCUCGAGGAGCAGUUCCCGACGUGUCGGGCGCUGUGGGCGCUGAUGGCGGGCAAAACGAGCGAAUACGUCACCAGGAACGCGAGGCAUGGGCACACGGGCGCGCAGCUGAUGGACGAGGCGAGGCGCAACGUGAAGUGCAUUGGGCCGGUCAUGAAGGUGGCCAGGGACGUGCUGAAACGUGCAGAGGACGCAAGCGAGUUGACAAGCGCGCCUAUGUCACAGUGA